CAAGAAAUACUUUCAAGACAUUGUUGGUGAUACAUCACUACUUGAUGCAUUAACUGCUUUUGAAAGAGCCAUGGUCCUUGGCACAUGCUUUUGUCCUCCCUCCUUAAGAAAAUUUUGUGUGGUAUACCCAGUCUUACUCUUUAGUGCUAAAGUCUAUAAUCAUCAUUAUUGGCAAGUAAGUUCCAUCAAUUGUUGGGUUCCACCAUUCCUAUUGCAGCAGCCAUAUUAGACUUUUCUUCAAUUUACUAGCUUUACUGGGGUAAUGUUAGCUGUGUGGAUACCAUUUACAUCCUUACUUGGUCCUUCUUCAACAGAAAUUUGAAGAUUGAAUUCUUCCCAAUUUCUAUCUCUAUCUAUCUAUCUCGAUAUAAGAGGCUUUUCUCAGCUACUCUCUGUCUCUCUCUAUUUGCAGUUGAAAAGAUGGCUGAAGCUUUGGUGGGUGGAGCUUUUCUCUCGGCUUCCCUUCAAGUGUUGUUUGAUCGUUUGGCUUCUCGGGAGUUCAUAAGCUUCUUUUCCAAACAGAGGCUUGAUGAUGGACUCAUAGAGAAGCUGAGGAGAACCUUGCUGGUGCUUCAAGCAGUGCUGGAUGAUGCGGAGGACAAGCAAAUUACCAACAAGCACGUCAAAGAUUGGCUCGACGAGCUCCAGCAUGUUGUCUACCAAGCUGAGGACUUGCUGGAGGAGAUCGCUACUAAGGCGUUGAGGAACAAGUUGGAAGCUGAUCGUGAUCAGUCCCAAGCCCAAGUCAGCACACCUCAGGUUGGUAUCAGCCGAUUUUUUGGUCCAAUCAAGCAAUCUCUCUUACGCAUUACUCACCCAGUCUCGACUUCUCCUUAUUUGUCUGAUGAAGAGAUUGAGUCCAAAUUGAAAGGGGUUAUCAUUAAGUUGGAGUGGUUUGUCCAGCAAAAAAAUUCUCUUAAUUUGAGAGAGAAUGUUGGAAGAAAACAGUGGCAAAGACAAGAAACAACUUCUCUGGUAUAUGAAUAUGAGGUCUAUGGGAGGAAUACCGACAAAGAGAAGAUUAUGAAAUUGUUGUUCUCUGACAAUGCAACUGCGAAUCAGAUUCAUGUGAUUCCCAUUGUAGGAAUGGGCGGGAUGGGCAAGACAACCCUAGCUCAACUCAUAUACAAUGAUGCUGAAGUAAAUGAGAAGUUUCAAAUGAAAGCAUGGGUUUGCGUUUCUGAUGCAUUUGAUAGUUACAUGAUAACAAAGAAAAUUUUUGACGAUGUCACCACAUCAAACAAUACUAUCAACAAUCUUGAUCAACUUCAAAUCAAGUUGAAAGAAAGCCUCGCACGGAAGAAAUUUCUAAUUGUGUUAGACGAUGUUUGGAAUCACAAUUACAAUGACUGGGACUGCUUAAAAAGACCUUUCAGUGCUGGAGCACAUGAAAGUAGAAUUAUCGUAACAACACGCAUUGACGAGGUCGCAUCAGCAAUGGGCACCUUUCCUAGUUAUCACUUGAAGCAAUUGUCGUUUGAAGAUUGUUGGUCAUUAUUUGCAAAGCAUGCAUUUAGGAACAGAGAUCAUAUUGCUAAUUCAGACCUAGAGACCAUUGGAAAACAAAUUGUGGAGAAGUGCAAAGGCUUGCCUUUAGCGGUAAAAUCACUUGGAGGGCUCUUGCGUUCUAAACUAGAUAUUGAGGACUGGAAAAAUAUAUUAAAAAGCGAGAUAUGGGAUUUAGAGAGCGACAUCUCUCCGGCUCUACGAUUGAGCUAUCUUUAUCUCCCUUCACAUUUAAAGCGAUGCUUUGCAUGUUGUUCAAAGUUUCCUAAAGAUUACAAAUUUGAAAAGGAAAAGUUAGUCCGGUUAUGGAUAGCCGAAGAUCUUGUGCAGCAACCCAAAAACAACAAAUUAGUAGAAAAUGAAGGUAACUUCUACUUCCGUGAACUAUUAUCAAGGUCUUUCUUUCAAAGAUUAAGUCAUGACAAUGAUUUUGAAUUUCUAAUGCAUGACCUGAUCCAUGACUUAGCUCAACAUAUAUCUGGAGAUUUCUGUUUCAGGCUAGAAUAUGACAAACCACUUGAUCAUAUCUCUGAAAAAGUCCGUCAUUUCUCAUAUAUUCAGUGCAGAUAUGAUGCAUUUGAGAAAUUCAAGGUUGUUAAAGAGGUUAAGUGUUUACGAACUUUCAUAUCAUUUCCAGUACGUGGAUGUUUUUUUUGUUUGGGCAAUAAGGUACUACAUGAUAUGUUGCCAAGCCUGAGAUGCUUAAGGGUACUAUCUUUGUCUAGAUAUUGGAUUUCUAAAUUGCCUGAAUCUAUCGAAAAUUUGAUACUUUUACGUUAUUUGGAUCUCUCUAUGACAAAAAUCAGACAGUUACCUGAUUCAAUAACAACCUUGUUUAAUUUACAGACAUUAGAUUUGUCAUAUUGUGAAGAUCUCAUUGAGUUACCUGUGAAUAUUGGAAAACUAAUUAACUUGCGCUAUCUUGGUGUAAGUGGAACUGCAUUAACUGAAAUGCCGAUCCAAAUGAGCAGACUGAAAAAUCUCCAACAUCUGACAUAUUUUGUAGUUGGCAAGAAUAGUGGGUCAAGGAUUAAUGGGUUGAAGGAACUAUAUCAUCUUCGGGGGAAGCUUCUCAUUUCUGGGCUUCAGAAUGUAACUAGUGGUCUGGAUGCAUCAGAGGCCAAUCUGAAAGGAAAGGAGGACCUUGAAGGAUUAGAGUUGGAAUGGGGUGGCGAUACAAAUGAUUCACAAAAAGAAAGAGACGUACUUGACAAGCUAGAGCCUCAUGCAGGGGUGAAGGAUCUCCGCAUCAUUAAGUAUGGGGGCACAAGAUUUCCGGAUUGGUUAGAGAGAUCUUAUUCGUUACAUAAGAUGGUGUCCUUAAAACUUGUAAGGUGUGCAUAUUGUAGUUCUUUGCCAUCAAUUGGGCAACUACACUCUCUAAAAUAUCUAAGGAUUGAAGGGAUGAAAGCAAUAACAAAAGUGGGUCGGGAGUUCUAUGGGGAUUCUUUUUCGAUCAAGCCAUUUCAAUCUCUAGAGACACUCAGCUUUAAAGAAAUGCCAGAGUGGGAAAAAUGGCAUGCAUUAGGGGUUGAAGAGUUCCCUUGCCUUUCAGAACUUUCUUUUGUCGAUUGUCCCAAGCUGACCGGUGAAUUACCGAACCACUUCCCAUGUUUAAGGAAACUUGAGAUUUCUGGAUGCCAACGACUUCUGUCAAGUCAAGUUGGGCAGCUGUUGCAACACCUGCCUUCUCUUCAGGAAUUGACGGCUUCAAAAUUGUCAGACUUGACAGAGUUGCCGACGGAAUUGCAAGACCUGUGUUCUCUUCAGAAAUUGGAGAUUUCAUGGAUGCCAAAGUUGAAGCAACUGCCAUCAGAGUUAUGCAGAUUGAUAAAUCUCGAAAGCUUGGUGAUGAACCAUUGCCCACGCCUGAAGUCCUUUUCAGACAUGGGAUUACCACCACUGCUCAAGACUCUGAAGAUUAAAGAAUGUGAUGCUCUGCAUUCCCUGCCACUACCACAGGGAUCUUAUUUUUCAUCUCUUCAGGUAUCUUUACCCAUUGGUGGUUUACCUGCUACAUUGAAAACACUUGAUGUCCUUAACUGUAGGAGUUUAUUAAAGUUUCCCCUGUCCAAGGGGAUGGAGCAUAAUUAUCACUCAUCCAUUGAAGUUUUGAGAUUUAGUGGCUGUGAUCUUCUCAAAUCAUUGUCAUUAGGCUUCUUCCCGAAGCUUAAUUCUCUCGAGAUAUUAGGGUGUAAAAAUUUUGAAAUGCUUUCAAUCCCCAACAACAAAGAGCUUCAAAAUCUGGUGAAGCUUAAAGUAGAGGAUUGUCCUAAAAUUGUAUCUUUUCCCCAUGGAGAUGGCGGAUUUCCCGCUUCAAACCUGACCACUUUUAGCAUCGGAAGUUGUAAUAAUCUGAAGUCACUGCCGCAAAGAAUGCACACCCUCCUCCCUUCUCUUCAAGAAUUGACUAUAUGGAGCUGUCCAGAAGUUGAUUCAUUUCCAGAUGGAGGUUUGCCAUCCAACCUCCGUCAACUUGCCAUCUUUAAUUGCGAGAAACUCAUGAAGGGUCGGAUGGGGUGGGGUUUGCAGACACUCCCAUCUCUUGGAGUAUUCUUUAUCAGUGGUAAACCUGAAGAACAAGGAGAAGAAGAAGAGUUGGAGUCAUUUCCGGAGGAGUGGCUAUUUCCCACCACUCUUACCUCUCUUGACAUCAGCUUCCUUCGAAAUCUGAAAUCACUGAACCACAAGGGGCUUCAACACCUCACCUCUCUUACAAGUCUAUCCAUCUUGUACUGCCCUAAGCUCCAGUCCUUACCAGAAGAGGGGCUGCCCAACUCACUCUCUUUCCUGAAUAUAUCCGAAUGUCCAUUGCUGAAAACAAGUUGCCAAUGGGAGAAAGGGGAAGAUUGGCUGAAGAUUUCCCGAAUCCCCCACAUUAGUCUCAAUCGUGAAGAACACAUCAUAAACUUAGAGUGACACUGAUUGUGUAGAUUCAUUAUGUAAAUAAUGGACCAGAGAUUAGGGAGGGCUCUAAAGAGAAAGUGAAUGCCCUGGUUGGAGGGUGACAAGGAGGACACUUACUGCUGCAGGGAAGAUAAAGUAGGUAACCCAUGAACUCAUACAUGAUUUUUGGUACAACCGACUGUAACACAUGAAAUUGUAAUAACAAAAGCAGAGAGAAAUGUCGGAGUUGACUCUGGUACAAGGUUUUUCCACUGACUGAACAAAAGGGAUUUAAAUAUGAGUUCAAAUUCUUAUUUUAAUAUUAUGCUUGCAGAUCGGUUUCCUUGGAUUGGUUUCCAGCAUGCUGAAGGGUUAAAUGUAGUAUAUUUUGGUGGCUAGAUGGGCUCAAACCAUUCCAACUUGACAACUUUCAGAAGUACAAUCAUUCAAUGUCGUGAAGAAAUAAAAUUCUGAGGGUCCAUAAGCAGUAAAUUUCAUCAAAGGCCCACAUAAGAUACAAGGAAUUGGUGCUACUGCUGACACCGUCCUCGCUAUUUUGAACAUCAACAUUCUUGAUGAUGAAGUCAACUAAAGAACUUGCCAAUAAAUUUGGGGGAGUUGCCAUUUCUCUUGCUGAAUUCGAUGAUUUCAAUCCAGAAGAUGGGAUGAUUCUUGAGAAUGCUACAUCUAUAGAAAUAAAACCAAAAAUUGAUGUGACACCCAUAUAUAAGAGUGCUUUGAGUAGUUACUCAUUUUUUUAUGCCAUCAAUACACCAAAAUGGACCAGACUCUUGCAAGAAGCACUAGAGUCAGGAGCCAACGUUGUUUUUGGGACAAAGAUAUUCAAUAAUCAACCAUUUGUAUAUUUUGGAAGGUUCACUGGCUUUCCCGCGCCAAAAGCACUAAUUAGGGGAACUCUGACAAGAGGCACAUAAGAAGGAAAUGCUUGGUGGAUCUCUCUUUGCAGCUGGUUGGAUGUUUAUCGAUUACGGCUAAUUCAUUUCAAUUUAUGAGUUUUGUUAUUUAGAUGUUUUUCUGUUGUACACUGAAUUUCGACAUCAUUUAUGAAUGAACCUAAAGUCGAAUCCUUUAUUUCGACAUCGUAGAAGAAUGGCCACGGGAAGGCCAUGAUUACAGUUUUUUAAUGCAUUUUUUGGGAUAACAUUUUUGAGUAAACAUUCAAUUUCAAAUGAAGAUUCAUCUUGUAUUCUUUAAUACAAUUGGUUUCACAAAGACGAUCUUUUAUUUACUGCUUGUG